AUGCAGUUCGCACUCCUUCUGGCUUUGACCGUUGCCGUCGCUGCCUUGGCUCAAGACCAAAUUGUCCCACCCAAAGUCGCUUGGGGCGAUGAGGCCCCUGACGACGGCUUCGAAAUCCUCGGGGGCCAGAAGGCCCAAUUCGGCAAGCACCGUUAUGUGGCUGGGCUCAAGAGGUGCCCCGAUGAUGAGACCUGGUGCGGCGGCAGUCUGAUCGCCCCCAAUGUCGUUUUGACAGCGGCGCAUUGUUUGGAUGAUGGUCUAACUUCUGUGGAAAUCAAACACCCCAAUGGCACCGACGUGGGCAUCGUAAUCUUGGACCGCAGUAUCACGAGUAUCCAACCUGUGACGGUGUCGUUUGAAUUCGUUCCGGCGGACGUGCUCACUUGGGUACGCGGCUGGGGAUACGUUACGACUAAUGGCCCGAAAUCUCCAGUGCUCAAGGAGCUCAACGUCACGACCUGGAACAACACCAGGACCUCGGCUGCGUUGUUCUACAUGGACGUAACCGAUACGGAGUUGGGUGCUGGAGGGGUGGAAGGAGAAGACUCGUGUUAUUACGACUCGGGGGGACCGUUGACCAUCGAAGAAAACGGUACCGUGCGCUUGGUGGCGGUGGUCGCCUGGGGUGAUGGCUGUGGUAAGAUCGGCAAGCCAGGAAUCUAUGAACGCACCAGUGCUGCUCGUGCCUUCAUUAAACCGUACUUGCCGAAGUAA